GAGCCGUCACCAAGUUCAGCACAAGCGGCGUUGACGGUAGAAUUGUCAUCUGGCACACGUAGACUCACAGAUAAUAAACACCCGCAUCAAAUCGAUGUGUCUUAAAUCUAUCCGCCUUUGUCCACACCGCCUCGUGUUUCUCCCUAGUUCUGUUCUUGUAGUUACUCGAAAGUCCCUUAGAAUGGCCCUUAGUUGUAUAAGCCUCUAGAAGCCUGCGGUUCUCCCAGCCGUCGCUGUUAUCGCCGUGCUAUUAAUACCAGCAGAGCCCCACGCGUUCCGAUUUACCAGUUCUGCAUAUUGACCAUGUUAAAUUCAACGACAUCACCAAGCGACUUUAUUUACCGCAGGGCUCAACCUUCACCCGCCGCUUCACCUACCCGAGAAGAUCUAGCCAUGGAACCAAGCCCGCGCACGAAAGUGGCCGGCACCAAGUCCCUACCAGUAACCGCUGCCGAAUGGGAAGUCAUUGAUCCCCAAUUCCUGCCGUUAUCACCCGGCGAAUGCCCAUGCUUCACCCCUCGCCCCGAUCUCCAAUAUCUAAAGAGAGAAAACGGCCAUCAGCAGCCCCUAUACGACAAUAACCAUCCUCCCCUAGAGCAAAUAGAAACGCCCAACAACCGCGCUCCUCUAGCGUACCCCCAGGAGCCAGCACCGCGGAUCUUCAAGCCCGAGCCAGACGCGUACUCGCCCCAGGCCGCAGACCACCAGCACCCGUGGCUAUCUCCGCCCUCGGAGCAGAACCCGGAUUUCCCUCUCCCCCCUGCCCCCGCCCCCGCCCCCUCGCGUACAGACGGCCGCACUCUCUCCGUAGCCACGUCCAGCCGCACCGUGAGCAUACCCAGCAGCAGCACGGGGCCCAUCGCGAAUAUCUGCGCGACGGCGCGCGCCGUCCACGAUAUAUGCCUGCAGGCGACGAGGACGUACCUCGACACGCACGUCGCGAACCGGCGUGCCCGGGCUGCUAGUCAGGGCUGGUCUACGGCAUGUCACGGCAGCGGGAGCAGCAGCAGCAGCAGCAGCAGCAGUAACGACACCUUAACCAACAACAACAAUGUCCAUACCCAUACCCAUACCCGCGCCCACAACCCCAGCUUCAGCCCCACCGCCAUCCCCCCCUCAACCCCGUCCCUCCUGCUCAACACAAGCAGCAUCUGCAGCAUGCUCUGGACCGGAUCGCAGCGCGACCGCCUCCACGUGCUCAACGUCGAGCGGCUCGCCAUCGAGUCCAUGGGCCGGCUGAUGCGCUGGGCGGAAACCGUGGCCCUCAGCAGCGAGGACGAGUGGCGGGUAGCCGACGACCAGGCGCUGUGGCAGGUGCUCGACGCGGGGAGGAACCUGUGCGGCUGGCUGGGAGUCCCGGAUGCGGUGCACGCGAUGGAGGCGCUGGAGGGGGAGGUGCUGGGGGCGUAUGGAGGUUCGUGAAGAGGGAAGGGGGGGGGAUGAUGGAGAUUAUAGCGUCGUUCCUGAGCGGAAGCAAAGUAAAGCAAUAUCGAGUGAAGUUCUAUAGCUGUACUAAAUAUCAGUACUAGAUAAACCAGCUGGUAAUGAGCAAUUUCACGUCGUGGCAAGGGAAUUGCCGUAUCUUACUAUAACAAGACAGUCUUCAGGAUCAGCGGGAUCACCAUUAAGGACAAUAAUCACAACAGAUUACGACGGACCAGUUUUGGUAGU